UUCUCCCCGGACACAUUUUGCGACAGCACGAUAGGAACACCGUCCGGUCAGUAUCGUUCGCCUCUGAGACGGACCCGUGAAAGCACACACAUGUUUUAUCUCGAGAAGAGCGGCAACUCGGAGUCCCCCUACAGCGUCGCUAACAUGUCCAAGAGCUACAUACUGAGAGGAAUCAUCACUGAGAAACUGAGCACAGCCGCCCGGGAGAUCUUAGCGGUGGUGGAGAGGACUGUAGCCGACUACGAGGAGGAGGUCGCGGGCUUCAGGCAGGAGAUCGACCGGCAGAGGAGACUGCUGGAGCUCCUGCAGCCUCGGGUUAAGCUUGAGAGGACAGAUCUGGACAUCCAUGAGGUGGUGGUCAUGACCGGAGACAAAGAGGAUCAGCAGCACACACAUCUGCCGGGUAUGGAGGGUGCUGGAAGUCCAAGUCUGCUACGUCGUGAUGAAGAUGAAGAUGAGCAGCGGAUGGCCCAAAUGUUGACGAGCUCCAGGCGGAAAAGAGAAAAUCUGAUGCACCCGGAUUAUGAAAUGCCAAGGAAGAAGUCCAGCAAACAUUGGCUCAGUGACACACAGAGACAUCUACAUUUCAGGAUUUGUUUCCUGGAGGACUCUCAAGGGUUUAAAAAAACUCUGUUUGAGGACCUGAAGUGUCCCCGUGAUCUAAAGGAGGGUGACUUCUUGGACAUGAUCAAGUCCACGUUCCCUCAGCUGGCCGGGGACAAACCGCUGAACAUCUUCAAGUCUGACCACAGUAAGAGACUCCAGAGGCUCAUGCUGAAGACCCUGACACCAGAAGAGAUCUACAGGACCAUGAAGCCCACCGGGCUUGAAAAGGCUGUCCUCUAUGUCAAACUUAAGACAGGAAAGGAAGAUGAGGAGGAAGAACUUCACCUGUUACCCACAAGUGAUAAACCUUUAACACACAGUGACAGAGUGCUUAUGGAAGGCGAUGAAGCCAUUUCAAGCUCCGUUCAACAUUUAGACAAUACCAAAGUGGAUGUCAUGGCCAACAGCUCAGCAUCACAACUACAGCUCUUGCUAACAAAAGAUGCUGCUGUAAAUGGGUCUAGUGAUGACAAACAUGGAGUCGUGGCAUUAAACCCCGAGCUGCAGGUGGCAAAACGUUCGAAGGCAAAAGAGCUCCAAAGUAGUUCGGAGACAAUUCAGACAAGUACAAUAGCCUGUAAAGUGUGUGGACUCCAGGGAAACCAGGACAGCUUGAUUCAACAUGCAUGGAGUCACGUGGAUGAGUCACCGGCUGUUUGUGGAAUUUGUGGAGAACGUUUUGAAUCAGUGGAAACAUUAAAGGGACAUCUUGCAAAUGACCCAAAAUAUCACAACUCUAAUAUCCAAACGUCUCUGCAAACAGAGGCGAAACAAUACAAAUGUGAAAUUUGCGCUAAAUCAUUUGGUCUAAAGGAGCAGCUGGAAAUUCAUUGCAAGGAGCACGCUGGCCUACAGAAAUACCACUGCAACAUCUGCGGGAAAGCUCUCUCCCAUCUUCGAUCAAUGAGCCGGCACAAGCUGACUCACACAGUGGAGCGACCCCACAGUUGUGAAGUUUGCGGGAAGCAUUUCAGAUGCCCGCACGUUUUAAAUUCUCACAAGAAAAUCCACACGGUCAGGGAGCGGUCGUAUCUCUGCCACAUCUGCUGCAAAAGCUUCAUGUCAAACGGCGUUCUGUCGACUCACAUGAAGAUUCACAGCAACGAGAGGCCACACAUCUGCUUGGUGUGCAAAAAGGCUUUUAUUUAUAAAGGUAGUCUAAAGGCUCACAUGCGAAUGCACACCGGCGAGAAACCGUACAGCUGUUCCCAGUGCGGCCGCUCCUUCAAGCACAAGUGUCACCUGAACGACCAUGUCAGGAGCCAUUCAGGCAUCAAACAGUUUGUGUGCAGCAUUUGUGGGAGAGCGUGCGCUCGCCAAACUCAGCUGAAGGCCCACAUGAGGACCCAUAAUGGAGAGAAACCGUACCAGUGCGACAUCUGCAAGAGGUCCUUCUCGCACCGCGGUACUCUCAAGUCACACGUGAAGAUCCACGAGGCCAAAAAAAAAGACAGUGACCCGCCCGAAAACCAGACAGUGUGUUAACGUGGGCUUGAUUCCCUCCUGUGCAACUUGUACGACUCUUGACUUUUUUUCUUUUUUUUCUUUUAAAGAAAAAGUGUUAAAUGAGGUAUUCCUUUGGUAACAAAGCUCAUGACAUAAAUACUUGGGUCUUGAGAGAAGGACAUGA